GCGGCAAAUCGCACUUCUGAAAUUGAGAACUCGAUUGAGAGAAAGAGGGAAAGAGGGAAAGAGGGAAAGAGAGAAAGAGAUAAAGAGACAAAGAGAGAAAGAGAGAGAAAAGAAAGAAGAGAGAUAUGGCAGGGGAAGACAACGGUGAGUUCUAUCUUAGAUACUACGUAGGGCACAAAGGAAAGUUUGGACAUGAGUUCUUGGAGUUCGAGUUUCGCCCAGAUGGGAAGCUUCGUUAUGCGAACAACUCUAACUACAAGAACGACACUAUGAUCCGCAAGGAAGUUUUCCUCACCCCCGCUGUUCUUAAGGAAUGCCGCAGAAUCAUUUCUGAAAGCGAGAUAAUGAAGGAAGAUGAUAACAACUGGCCAGAACCCGACCGAGUUGGGCGCCAAGAGCUUGAGAUUGUGAUGGGGAACGAGCACAUCUCUUUCACUACUUCGAAGAUUGGGUCUCUUGUCGAUGUUCAGAGCAGCAAAGAUCCCGAAGGGCUUCGCAUCUUCUAUUACCUUGUCCAA